AAGCUCACUUAUUACUAUAAAUACUCGGAAAGAUAAGGUUGAAAUUAUAGUUCGAUUCUACCAUUAGAUAUCAGUAGAUCAAAUAUGAAGUCUACUAUUUUCAUAGUCUUACUGGCUUUGUGUCAUACAUCUCUGGGGAAGCCGCAGGAUGCCCAGCAAGUUUAUAAGAUUUCUGCUGAAAUUGACGAUGAAAGUGGUUCUGGUGUCAAGGUUUCAGAAUCAAUGUCAGGUGAUGGGCUCAGCAAAAUUGACUGUGAUUGCAACAAACCUAAGCCAAAAAUAACAUACGGACCCGAACAAAUUGUAAAGGGAAAACCAGAGACGUACAUUCAUCAUCAACCGAAAAUUAUUGUUCGUCAGCCACCAACCCACGUACGCAUUGAACAUCCACCAACUGUCAUUCAACCCAGUACCAUUGUCUUCCGUCGUCACGGUAAGACCAUCCGCAGACCAGUAAUCUAUCAACACUUGCCACAAGAUGUUCAAGUGCGUCCAGUCUACGUGAAAGUGGUCAAACCAAUCGAAAAGAAAGUCAUCAUUGAAAAUAAGUUGAAACAGGCCCAAAUCAUCAAUUCAAAUGAUGACGCUCUUGAAUAUGAAACGUCGUAUGGUGGACGCACUUACAGUGGAUCGUUUGAUGAACAAGAGUCUGUCGGCAUUCAGAAAUCAAACAAAGCUCAGACUAAAGUCCAGGCUAACGAAUACGACACAACAUAUGGCGGUGGACGCGCUUACAGUGGAUCGUAUGCUGAACAACAAUCUCUCGGUAUUCAGAAGUCGAAUAAAGUUCAAGCGAAAGUUGAGUCUAACGAAUACGAUACGAUAUAUGGCGGUGGACGCACUUACAGUGGAUCGUAUGAUGAAGAACAACAAGAGGCUGUUGAUAUCCAGAACUCGAAACAAGUUCAGGUGAACGAAUACAGUAAUGAUUUUGAUGGACAUAGCUACGGCGCAUCGUACGAAGAACAGCAACAAGAGUCUCUUGGCUAUCAGAAGUCGAAUAAAGUUCAAGCGAAAGUUGAGUCUAACGAAUACGAUACCCUAUAUGGUGGUGGACGUACUUACAGUGGAUCGUAUGAUGAACAACAACAAGAAGCUCUCGAUAUUCAGAAGUCACAACAAGUUCAGGCUUCCGAAUACGAUACUCUAUAUGGUGGUAGUCAUUACAGUGAAUCUUUCGAUGAACAUGAACGUGAAGCAGAAUCAUACCACGGUCGUGUAAAUGUUAAAGAAACAGAAGAGUACUGAGUGUGAUUGCUAAUGGGGAAAUAAAUGUAUUUAUUGAGAAAA